AUGACCUCAGCCAUCCAAAACCUCAAUAUCCGAAAAGCGUCGAAGAUCACCCCCGGUGCUCACGGCCCGAGCACUGCCCUCAAUCCAGCCUCACAACGUGAGUCCGCGGAGGGGCUCGAUGAUGCCUUUGAUCGGCAGCAAGUGCCUCGACCACCACGCGAUUUCUCAAAGCAGGUACCUUCGCCGGCGGCUCUUGCAGAUAUGAAAAAACCGCAUCCCAGGUUGACACACAAGAACGUCGACAAGUUCGCGGACAUGCAGAUUGCCAAAGAGGCAUACAUGCUGGUCCACCCCUCGGAAACCAGGGUAAUGGAAUGGCUCGAGAAGGCUUCCCUGCAUUAA